AUGAUAAAUUAACAGCCAAAUUAAGAAAUAGAGGAUUUGGAUUCUGAUGAUAUUGAUAUCAUAUUUAGAAGAAUCAAAAUAAUAUUCUUUUUUAGUCUAUUACAGUUAAUUGUUUCAGGAGGAUUAAUGUACUUGCAUCUAGGGUUUAUUAAUUAUAUGAUAGUUGAUGGAAUCGGAAUAAUUUAUUCACUUUUGUUGUAAGCCAUUCUAAGUAAAUUAGAGAAUGUAUUGGUCCUAUGAUUAAAAUAGAAAAACUAUUUAAGCAUAAUAACAACACAUAGAAACUACUAACAAUUUCUUAACAAGAUUUUAAUUAGUUUUCAGUGUCACUUUAACUACUGUUUUUAUUUAUGAAUUUAUGGGGUUCUUACUAAUAACAAUACAAGAACAAACAAUUCAGGAUUUAUUCAUUUUUUUAAUAACAAUUGGAUUUUCACUUUAAAUUUUAAUAUAAAUUGUAAUUUUAAUAACCAAUAGUUAUUUUUGUAAAUCACCAAAUGUACUAAGAUUAUCAAUUUAUUUCUAAAGGUAUUCAAUAUAAUAUUAUAAAAGUCUUACACUUUCCCUUGUGAUAUUUUUGAGUUGGAUUCAAAUAUAUUAGGUAUAAGAAUUACCAUAAUAAAUAUAAACAGCUGAUUAUUGGAUCGAAUGGAAUACAUUACUUUAAAUUCCUACUCUUAUAUUUUUGGCUAUUUCAAUGCUAUUCAAUUAUAUGGGCAAUAAAAAGGCUUAUAAUAUAUUUGGAACUGUGUUCUUACUUUUAUCAAUCUUGCAUACAGUUUUUGGUUGCUUAGUAAUUAGAAAUGGAUAAUUUUGGGUUCCUGUUAAUGAUUAAUUGCCAUUACGAGCAUUACACAAUGAUAUAAUUGGGAAUUUGGGUUGUACUAAAUACAUAAAAAAUGAUGAAUGCCAAUUAGUAUAUUAAGUAGAGGCCUGGGAAUUUAAUAAUGAACUUAAAUGUUUAUCAUAAAAUUGUGAAGAAAAAGCAAUAAAUUAUAUCAAGAAUCUAAAUUUAUAAUUAGGUUUAGUAUUUCUUUUUGAAGCAUCUUUGCUUUUUAUGAAUACAUAUGCUAUGUAUACAGUUUCAGUUAAAUAUUAAAUCAGUAAGUUGCUUAAUCCAUUAACUUAGAAGAUAGUUAUAAGCUUAUUUUUUUUAACAACAAUAAUUGGAAUUGUUCUUUUAGAAUCAAUACCUUUACCAAAGAUUUAGAUUUAGCCGUCUAUGGAUUAUUCAAUUGAAUCUGAUAUGUUACCUGAAUUUAAUUAAGUGAAUUUCAACUAAAUUACAAAUAGUCUUAAUUUAUAAGAUUGUUCAACAAUAAAUAAAUUAUAAGCAAUACAUGAAUUUUAAGCUAUUAAUUGUGAUACAAGUUGUGAAUAAUAUGAAUUUUUUGUCGCUUUAACAAGUGAAAAUAGUUUAUUUAAAUAAUUAGAACCAAAUUUUGUAAAAACAUUUAAUUAAGAGUAUACAAAUCAAUAUUUCAAUAAAAAUGAUAUUCAUCAAUAAUUAGUUAUUAAAGGAAAUAAAAAUUAAGUUAUUUAAGGACUUAAUAAUAUUUAAGUAUGUUCUGAUAAUUCUUAAAUCUAAAUGGAAUUUUUAGUUGAAUAAGUUAAAUAAUAAAAUAAUAGAUUACUUUAAAGUAAUUUUUAAUAAUAAUUUAAAUUAUUAAAUGUUGAAUUAAAAUUGGUUGAUAUAUUAAGUAAUAGAAUAAUUCGAAAAGGAACUUUAAGAAUAUAUAAAGAAUUCAUAUAAUGUUCUCAUAUAGAAAAUCAACCUUAUUUUGAAUAAUCAGUAGAUGAUGAAAACAUAAUCUAUAAUAUCAAAAAAGGAUCAUACCUUACAAUUCUAUUUUAAAAUUAAAAAUAUUUUGAUUAUUGUGGAAAUUUCUUAAUUACAGAAGAUAAAUUGACUGUUAAUCCUUAUAGAUUGAAUAGAAAUAAGUUUACUAUUAUAAUAAAAUGGUAAAAUGAAUAAGAAAUUCCAGUUUACUUAAUCGCAAACCAAAAAAUAGGAAAAAAUGUGAAUUGCCAAGUUGGAGGUUAUUUUACUGGUUGUAGACAUAUUACAAGUAAAUAAAGCAAAAAUUGUAAUCAUUAUUUAAUAUAAUUAGAUUCUUUACUCUAAUUCUAAGAAUAUAUAUAUAAUACAAUAAUAUUUUUGCAAGAUUAUGAAGUAGAUAAUUAUAAUUCUUUGUAUUUGUCUAUAAAUAUUUAUUAUAAUGGAAUAUCUAAUACAAAAUAUAUAAAUUAUUAGAGAUCAAAAAUAUUGAAAAUAUUAUGCAUAGAUAAUCAUGGUAAUUUUAAAAUAGUUUAAGAAAUUGAUAACAAUAAUUUAUAUCCAAAAACUUGUUGA